CGGGCUGGGAGAGGCGCUGGUUCUGCGCCCUGUGCGUGGAGGGAAGCCCAGCUGAGGAGGAGGGGGCGCGCCCUGCCCGAUUCUGCUCCUCAGUUUCUUUCAUUUUCUGGGAUUGAACUUUGAGCUGUUAGAGCCAUGAGCAACUACAGUGUGUCCUUGGUUGGCCCAGCUCCUUGGGGUUUCCGGCUGCAAGGUGGCAAGGAUUUCAACAUGCCUCUGACAAUCUCUAAUCUAAAAGAUGGAGGCAAAGCAUCCCAGGCAAAUGUAAGAAUAGGCGAUGUGGUUCUCACCAUUGAUGGAAUAAGUGCACAUGGAAUGACUCAUCUUGAAGCCCAGAACAAGAUUAAGGGUUGUACAGGCUCUUUGAAUAUGACUCUGCAAAGGGCCUCUGCUACACCCAAGCCUGAGCCAGUCCCCGUUCAAAAGGGAGAACCUAAAGAAGUAGUUAAACCUGUGCCCAUUCCAUCUCCUGCUGUGUCCAAAGUCACUUCCACAACCAACACGGCCUACAAUAAGGCACCACGACCCUUUGGUUCUGUGUCUUCACCAAAAGUCACAUCCAUCCCGUCACCAUCGUCCGCCUUCACCCCACCCCAUGCGACCACUUCAUCACACGCUUCCCCUCCACCCGUGGCUGCUGUCACUCCUCCCUCAUUUGCUGCAUCUGGACUGCAUGCUAAUGCCAAUCUUAGUGCUGACCAGCAUUCGUCUGCACUGAGCGCUGGUAAACCUGCAGUUAAUGUCCCACGGCAGCCCACAGUCACCAGCGUGUGUUCCGAGACUGCUCAGGAGCUAGCAGAGGGGCAGAGAAGAGGAUCCCAGGGUGACAGUAAACAGCAAAAUGGGAAAACUCCACCUAAACGUCCACCAAGAAAACACAUCGUGGAGCGCAAUACGGAGUUUUAUCACAUACCGACUCACAGUGAUGCCAGCAAGAAGAGACUGAUGGAGGACACUGAAGACUGGCGUCCGAGGACUGGAACAACUCAGUCUCGCUCUUUCCGAAUCCUCGCCCAAAUCACUGGGACUGAACAUCUGAAAGAAUCGGAAACUGAAAAUACAAAGAAGGCAAACAACACCCAGGAGACUCCUCAGCAAUUGGUCCCAUCAGUAGCUUCAGCUCGGAGCAUGCCUGAGAGACAGGAGAGCCCAGCGGCCACUAGACCAGGGGUGGCUGGUCUCACAACUGCUGCUGCCUUCAAACCUCCAGGAUCCACCAACGUUAUCAAAUCUCCAAGCUGGCAACAGCCAAACCAAGCAGCACUUUCCAGUGGAAGAAUCUCAAACAGUGCAGCCUCAUCAGGAGCAGUAGCACCAGCCAACUCAGCCAGGGGACAGCCCCAGUCACAUGACCAAGGCACUUUAGUGCAAAGAGCUGAGCACAUUCCUGCAGGGAAACGAACUCCAAUGUGUGCCCACUGUAACCAGGUCAUCAGGGGACCAUUCCUAGUGGCACUGGGGAAAUCUUGGCACCCAGAAGAGUUUAACUGUGCUCACUGCAAAAAUACAAUGGCCUACAUUGGAUUUGUAGAGGAAAAGGGAUCCCUGUAUUGUGAGCUGUGCUAUGAGAAAUUCUUCGCUCCUGAAUGUGGUCGAUGCCAAAGGAAGAUCCUUGGAGAGGUCAUCAAUGCUUUGAAACAAACUUGGCAUGUUUCCUGUUUUGUGUGUGUGGCCUGUGGAAAACCCAUUCGUAAUAAUGUUUUUCAUUUGGAGGAUGGUGAACCAUACUGUGAGACUGAUUAUUAUGCCCUUUUUGGUACCAUAUGCCGUGGAUGUGAAUUUCCCAUAGAGGCUGGCGACAUGUUCCUGGAGGCCCUGGGCUUUACCUGGCAUGACACCUGCUUUGUAUGCUCAGUAUGUUGCGAAAGUUUGGAAGGUCAGACCUUUUUCUCCAAGAAGGACAAGCCACUUUGCAAGAAACAUGCUCAUUCUGUGAAUUUUUGAAAGUCAACAGCUCAGGGGAGGAGAAGAAAUUUGAAGAGAAAGAGAAGAAUUAGAAUUACCGAUUAGUUUUUAGAUUUAAUAUUGUAGGAGUUUUGAAAAAUAAUAGUGACCCUGAAGGGAUAAAUUCCAGCUUUAAAAACCAAGUCUAUGAGGAAAUAUUUGGCUUCAUAAGGUAGAGAGACAGUUUGGCAUUUAUGAUUACUUUUUCCUCUAUUUUCUGCCCAUAAAAUAACUUUUAUAAAAGCCAAUUUCCUGGUUGACUAUUAAAUUCAUCAUAGAAUAAAUUAGUGAAGAAUUAAACUUUAAAAUAAAAACCUCUAACAUUUAGGCUGAGGUAAUUAUACUUUCUUUCCUUGUUAGGUAAUUCUGAGUAAAUCUGUAAAAGGCAAUGAAAAUUGCCUUGCAUCGUCAGUAGGUAAAAUGUAUUUUUUCAGAAAUAGUGCUUAUCUUUAAAAGAGGAAAUAGUUUAAACAGAAUUUUGUCAGUAGUAGCUAUCAGUUUUUUAAAAAACCGUAUGUACUUUUUUGUCUUCUAGCUGAUCAUUCCAGUGGGGAAGACCAUUGAGAUUUUUUAUCAAAAUGUGUCAUGCCAAUAGGAGGUGUGAUAUUUCUCUCAUCUACCCCCCUCCAAAAAGCCACCAUGUAGUUUAUAAAUGUCAAAUUUUUGCCUUUUAUUAAAAUAUGGCCAUUUCUAUUAGCGUAUUCAUUGUUUUAUCACCUAUAUUAGUCAAACUCCCAUUUUUCCCCCUUCCCUCAUGCUGAGGUUAAGAGAGUAAGUAGAAAAGAGUGUGGUUAAGAAUUAUGGUAAAUCAGAGGAUUGUAUCCAAAAUUUUUAAAAAUCCCCCCCUUUUGGACAAUAAGUCCAUUAGAUAAGUUUCAGAUCUGUACUACUGACUGAUAAAGGUUCGAGAACUCUCUUUGCAGAAUAAUUUUUUCUUUGAUUCUGCAUUAGAAAAGUAAAAGAUUGGCUUGGGGAUGUGAUAAAAUCUAGGAUUUUUGUUUGUUUUCUUUCAGUAGCUCUCUCAAUAAUAAAUGAACCACUUCCAAAUGUGAUCAUGAAGUUUGGAAAACGUUUACUCCCAGAGGUUGGUAGUAUAGGAGGGAAACAUGAUCAGUCGCCCAGACUGGCUCGUUAUUUGUUUUCUGUAUUUGGGGGGGGGGGGGGGUAAAUUAUGUAGAUAACACAUGAAGACAGAGCAACCAUUGUGGUGAAAUUGUGAAUUGUAUUGAUAUUUUCCCAGUGAGAAAACAGAUUAUGACAUUGAAUAGUUUUUCCCUUUGUUUCUAGAAUGGAUGCAAGCCCAUGAUCCCACUAAGGUAUAAUAUCAAUUUGUCUGGGGCAAGGUGCUUUUAAAGUUGAGACAGAACCCCAAGCCCUCCCUGCCCCAUAACUCACUAACGACUUCACUUCCAUUUGUGUGUGUGUGUUUGUUAUAGAGGGAGGUUUUAGGCUCUAAUAUUUGUUUAACCUCCCUAAGAACUUUGCAAGGCAUCUGUCCUGAAAGCUGUUAAUUUAUGGCCUAGCAGAUUUAUAUUAUAUACAGAUAAUAAUUAACUGGGAAUAAAAGAAUGAACAGGGUGACAUGAAGUGGCUUCACCAGUAGCAACCCCCAACUACCUCCUCGCCCUGCAUCUGUAGGGAGGCAGGAAGUUUUAUUUUCGAAACAGAGUGCUGGGACUGAAUUGUGCGUUAUUUCUCAUUGCUGCUGAAACCACCUGUAGUUCGUGCUGGCUAAUGUGCGUGGUCACAUAUCUUAAUGUCAGUCUCUUUCUUUACAUGAUAUAAAUUGGUGGUUUUGUUUUGAUGUAGUAGAGAUUUUUUUUUUUUGGUUGUUUAGUUUUGCCUUUAUAGAUUCUGUGCCAAGAUAGUAUUUGAAAAGUCAGUGGCAUUUAGGUAUUUCCUUUAAAGAAUUUUAUUUGACCUGGAUUUCUUAUUAAGUUACCUUACACUAAGGAUCUCAUUUUUAUUCGAUUUUUCUUCAUACACACUAUUCAUGGAGCGUAAUUUUGCAUUCCUCUAAAUUUUGUCCCUAAAAGGAUAACAUUACUUCUUCCUAAUUUAUCAUUUUGUCUUUGUGCUUUGUCCUUUUUUGUGGCAAAGCUUUAUAUCUGUUCCUAAAACAGUUAAUCCUGUGAAAUAAAUAUUGAUUAUAACCCAGAAGAAUCUCUGUAUUUUCCAGUGGGGAAUGCCAUAUUUAAUAUACCAGCAUUAAUCUUUUAAUAACUGGCAGAGCACUUUAUUCUUCUGGCGAGCUCCCUGAAUAUUUAUUUUUCUGAUUAUAAAUAUUCCAGAUCAGUAGCAUUUUUUUUUAAUUAUUACCUCUUUACUGUAGAGCAUUUACUUGUAGUCUUUCUUGAUGUAUAUUUUGGAAUGCUGUACUUAGUAUAAUACAGAUUAAAAUUACAGUAUAUGACUCUAAAGCAUCCCCCACUUGUAUUUCCCAAAUUCGAAAAUGCUAGUGACAGGUUCCAAUUUAUAACAUUUUGUAGACUUCCAAGGGCUGAAUGUUGCCCACUGGAGUGGCGGCCGAGAGAGGAUCCCCACUGUUUAUGUUCAUAGCAGCAUACUAUUUCUUACGGAUUCGGGCUCCAUUUACAGCUGAACACUACAACCUCGUCAUUUGGUCACAGUGUUAAGACCAAUAAGAGUUGCAAUAUUCCAACUGUCAGUUGAAACCUUAUGGUUAAUAGUCAUCUACAACAAAAAUGUUUUCAUGGUGCCAUUUUCACAGGGUAGUGUACUAGGACCACUUUCAUAGAAAAUAAUUCCUUCCUCUCCCUUGUUCAAGUAGGAAUCUAGUGUUGUAUUAACAUUUUUGUAACGUUUAGAGUUUUUUAAUCAUCCCUGUCGAAAGGAGAGACCUUUCAGACAUAAGAGAGGGGGAAACACUGAAUAAUUUUACACGGAUCUAAUGUGGCAUCACUGUCAUCCUAAUCCUCCGCAUGUUUUAAGAUACUGGCUUUGGAUUUUCAAAAUAUCAUUUGCCUUUCUGUUAAUCUGUAUUUUCUGUUGCUUUACAUUUUUCGGUUUGUAUAUGUCUGUACUGUUUUGCUUUUGGCUAUAUUUUCGAAUAAACACCACAUGAGAAAUAUAAUCAGCAUAGUUACACCUUAAUGUGCACAUAAUAAAUAAAUGGCCGCAGUGAUGUAAA